UCAUUAGUUCUGAGAACACACCAAAGCAGAAAGAGAGAGAGAGGCCGAGAGAGAGAGAGAGGAGAGUCGCACCGUUGGGUUUUCUGAGAGUGGACGGUUGAGAUCCGUUGGUGUUUAAUCUAUCACAAAAAUCCUACUGCAUUUUAAUUUCUAUAGAACGAGAACAAUUACUUUUGUGUUCGAAUCGUUCUGCAAACUGUGGUUGUUUUGUUUUUGGUUGUGUAAUUAGUUAAUUGAUUAAUUUUAUAUUCUGUGGUUUUGAUAUACUGAUCAGAGUGAGUUUUGUUUUGUGAAACUUGUAACCCUAAAUCGGCAUGGCCACGGCUGCCGAUUCCUCCGCCAAUCACCACUCUCCGAGGCCUGAUUUUGACGCCGGCGGCGGCGGCGUCAAUAGGCGAACCACUCCCUGGGCCAAGGUUGUACGAGGGGAUUCGGAGUCGUCGUCGAUAUCACCCAAUCAUCAAUCUCCGCCGUCCCCGCCGCCGCCGCCUUCCAUCUCUGUACCGGAGCAAAACCCCUCUUCUAAUUGCUCCCCAUCGGCGGUGGCUCGUUCUUCGCCUUCUCCGCCGCCGCCAGCGGAUGCUGAGAGCGGCGAUGGACACAACGGCAAUGCGGCUCGGAUGGCAAAGAAGCCAGCUUGGAACAAGCCGACAUCGUUGGAGGUUGGUCCUGGUCCUGUAAUGGGUGCGGUUGCUUGGCCUGCUUUGUCCGAGUCCGCUAGGGCUUCGCCUAAAUUGCCUGCUGAUUCCUCUUCCAAGACCGUCACAGAUGUGGCAGUUCCAGUGCCUGUAUCUCCGGGACCUGUUAUAACACCUUCACCCAACUCCAAAAAGCACCAUGGUAACCCUGCAAACACUAACCCAGCAUCAAAUCAUGCAAUGCCAGCUCGACAAAGACCUACAAAACGUGGUGGCGGGAGUAGCACAGGGGUUACAAGUGCACAUGCACAUGCACACGCACACAGUGGUUUUGCACACCCUCCCCCACCGCCGCCACCACCGCCAUUCCCUGUUUUCCCUAUACCAAAUGGUUAUGGUACUCUGGUGCCUGCCAUGCCUGAUCCUUCUCCAAGAGACCCCUCGUUCCGUGGCAGCAAUUGGGAUGCUAGACCGAUUGGUUUUGGGCCUCAAACACACCAAGUAAACGAUCACAGGAAUUCUUCCCGCAGGGGGAAUUUUGGUUCCCACCCGCGUGGAGAUGGUCCUUACCACAACAAUUAUGGGAGCAAGCGUGAUCACCAAGAUCGUGGGAAUUUUAUGAAUGGCAGAGAUGUCCAGAUGCAUCAGCAGCAGAGACCUCCUCCAAGGGGCCUUGUAAGACCAGUACCACCAAGUAGUGCUGCAUUUACCCCCCAGCCGGCAAGACCAUUUGCCAACCCCAUGGGUUUUCCGGAGUUUGUUUACAUCCCUACAUUGCCUUUGGAUCCCAUUAGAAUGCCAUUCAUUCCCCAUGCACCACAUCCUGCAAUGUUUAUUCCUGUUGCAGAAUCUCCUAUGCCUUCUCUUCCUUCCUUAAUAGUCAACCAAAUAGAUUAUUACUUCAGUGAUACUAACCUGAUAAGAGAUGAAUAUUUGCGGUCAAACAUGGAUGCUCAAGGAUGGGUUCCCAUAUCUUUAAUAGCAAACUUUCCUCGAGUUAAGAGUCUGACAACCAAUGUCCAGUUGAUAAUGGAUUCCUUGAGAGCUUCAAGUAUUGUUGAAGUACAGGAUGAGAAGGUGAGGAGGCGUAAUGAUUGGACGAAAUGGAUAUCAACUACUGGUCGGCUUGCAUCCGAAUCAGGCUCAUCGUCCAAUGAUGUACAAAGUUCUGACAUGCUUUCAACUUCUUUUCAAAAGAUGACAGUGGAUGAUGCGUCUACUAGCCAAAGUAGUAUGGCAGGUAACCCAGAUGCAAACUCUAAGGCUAUUCCACAGAACUUUUCUACCGAGUCAGCUGGAGUUUCACAGCUCCCUAACGGGGACAUCACUCAAAACAAUAGUUGAAGUCGAAAUACAUCAAUAUGUACCACAAAAACAUUCAAGCAAAAUCCAGUCCAAAAAAGUGCACUUCUGGUCUCAAAGGGUUCGUUUAUGAAAUGAGGAAGGUUGCUAUUGAAAGCCUGCGAUCACCAUUUCUUUAUUUUCUGUCACUUUGCCUAGUUUUGGCAUGUUUUUGAGGCUAGUACAGAAACAAAUAAGAAAUAAUAUAAAUUAUUCUUCAAGCACGAAGAGAGGAAGACUGAGAUGGAUCAGAGAGCGGGCAGAAUUUUGAGGUUAUUGGGUUGUAUAGUUUGGAUUUGGUGUGAAUGUUUGUGCUUGCUUCUAUUUUUUGGUGCAUUUUGGUGGCAUAUGUAGGCAAAAAUCAAUCAGAGCUCUGUUUGGGAUGUUCUUUUCAAGGGAUUAGGGUGUGGGAAAGUAAGUUAUUGGGUAUGAAUCUUAGUUCUGUUGGAGGUGAUGAUUGAAACUGGAGUGCGCACUUAAGUUUGUUUGCCAAGGAUGGUCAGACCGUGCUUGAAGUUUUGCAAUUUUGUACUCAUAAUUUUAUUAACAAUUUUUUAUAUCUUAAUUUUGCUCUUUUCCUCUCGUAA